AUGGGUGGUAAGAUUGAUAGAUCACUUAACAAUGGUGUUGCGCCACCUAUAUUUCGUAUAAAUGGCCAAAAUUUUCAUCGUAUUGGAAGUUUAUUACCAACAAAUGGGGUUCAACCAAAGUUUGCGCAACUCUAUAUUCAUGAUACUGAACAUGAAAUAGAAAAUCGUAUCAACUCCGUUAGGGGUGAAAACGAUAAAUUUAACCUACAUGUUGAUGUGGUUAAUGACAUUAAGGAUGUUUUAGAUCAUUAUAAUGUUUUGGUUAAGUCAUUCCGUAUGGCCAAGUCAUUUAUUGAUUCUAAUCCACAAGCUGAGAUUAAGAUGAGGCUAAUUGGAAGAAGGAAUACAGAUGCAAGAACAUAUUCAUUACCAACUGCAUCAGAGGUUGCGGCUCUCAUUGUCGGAGAUUUAGACCCUACCAUGGGUGAACGUGACAUUCUGGUAGAGACUAGGACUGGAGUUCUCAAAAGAAUAAGUGAAUUAAAUCCAGCAUAUUUACCAUUGCAAUAUCCAAUUUUAUUCCCAUAUGGCGAGGAUGGAUUUAGGGAGGAUAUUCUUUUUUCAUCAAAUGUUAGUACCCAACAUUUCUCAAGAAAAAGUGUUUCACAAAGGGAGUACUUCGCAUUCCGUAUCCAUGAAAGGUUGGAUGAAAUCUCAACUUUAUUUUAUGCUAGGAGGUUAUUCCAACAAUUCUUAGUUGAUGCGUACACGAUGGUGGAAUCUUCCAGACUUAUUUACAUAAGAUCAAAUCAAAAAGCUUUGAGAUGUGAGGCAUAUAAAGGUCUUUCAGAUGCCUUAACGCGAGGUGAAGUUGAACCUAGCUCCAAAGGGAAACGAAUAAUAUUACCCUCAAGUUUUACUGGUGGAGCAAGGUACAUGAUACAAAACUAUCAAGAUGCCAUGGCCAUUUGUCGGUUUGUAGGUUAUCCAAACCUAUUCAUUACAUUUACAUGUAAUCCUAAAUGGCCUGAGAUUCAACGCUUUAUGGAAAAAAGGAACUUGAAAGUGGAAGAUCGUCCAGACAUCGUAUGUCGUGUGUUCAAAAUGAAAUUGGAUGUUUUGAUCAAAGACCUUAAAAAGGGAAAAAUAUUUGGUCACGUCAAAGCAGUUGUAUACACAAUAGAGUUUCAAAAACGUGGAUUGCCACAUGCUCACAUAUUGCUAUUUCUAGAAAGAAGAGAGGAAUACUCCAACCCAUCUUUCAUGGACUCAAUCAUUUCAGCUGAAAUUCCAGACAAACAUAAAGACCUUGAAUAUUAUAAAGCAGUUGAGGAAUUUAUGGUUCAUGGACCAUGUGGCCAUGCCAAGAGGAAUUCACCAUGCAUGGUAAACAACAAGUGUUCAAAGCAUUUUCCAAAGAAAUUCAUUAAUGAAUCUCAAUUUGACCAAGACGGAUACCCGUUGUACCGAAGACGGGAUGACAGUAGAACCAUAAAGAAGAAUGGGAUAGACUUGGAUAACCAGUAUAUUGUGCCACAUAAUCGGUAUAUACUUUUGAAGUACAAAGCUCACUGUAAUGUUGAGUGGUGUAACCAGUCACGAUCAAUAAAAUACCUAUUCAAGUACGUCAACAAAGGUAAUGACCGUGUAACUGCUGAGUUUUAUAAGACUACCACCGAUGAUACCGGUAAUGAAAUUGUUGAUGAGAUUAACAUGUACUAUGAUUGCCGGUACAUUUCAGCCUGCGAGGCUACUUGGCGCUUAUUUAGUUUUGAAGUGCAAUACAGAACUCCACCUGUUGAGAGGUUAAGCUUUCACCUGCCUGAUUGUCAAUCAGUUGUUUUCCAAGAUGAUGAUACCAUUGACCGUGUUUUAAAUAGAGAGACUGUUGGUCAAAGUAUGUUUAAUGGUUGGUUUAUAGCAAACAAAAAAUUCAAUGAAGCGAAGAUGCUAACUUACAUUGAGAUGCCUACCAAAUUUGUUUGGAAAAAAGACAUUCGUGAACGGCAGCCAAGAAAGAAGGGUUUCUCGGUGGGUCGUAUCUUCUAUGUCCCACCAACAUCAGGUGAAAUAUAUUAUUUAAGGUGCUUAUUAAACAUAGUUCGUGGUCCUACAAGUUUUAAAGAUAUUAGGACACUGAACGGUGUUGAGUAUAUGACAUUUCGAGAUGCCUGUUAUGCUCAUGGUUUACUUGAUGAUGAUAAAGAAUACAUUGAUGCUAUAAAUGAAGCAAGUUAUUGGUCAACUGCUCAUUCAAUGAGGAAGCUCUUUGUGGUUCUAAUAACAUCGAGCUCUAUAAUUAGACCGGAAAAUGUUUGGAAUGAGGUUUGGAAACAUUUGUGUGAGGAUGCUCAACAUUAUCAAAGAAGAAUAUUACAACAACCAGACUUGGUCUUAACAGACGAAGAGAAGAAGAACUUUGGUUUGAUUGAGUUGGAAAAACUUUUGGAAGUACAAAAUAAGUCUUUAAAAGACUUUCCAACUAUGCCUAUUCCAAAUAUGGAUAACUCUACAAUGGUUCAUAACAGAUUGGUUUUUGAAGAGUUAUCUUAUGAUUGUGAUGCCUUAAAACAAGAAGCUGAAGAGUUGUCUUCUAAAUUGACUGAUGAACAAAGAGUUAUAUACGAUACUGUUAUGCAAGACAUUUCAUGUAAUCUAGGUGGUUUGUUUUUUGUUUAUGGGUAUGGUGGGACUGGAAAAACAUUUUUAUGGAGAGCGUUGUCAUCUACAUUACGAUCUAAAAGGCAAAUUGUUUUAAAUGUUGCGUCAAGUGGCAUAGCUUCUUUGUUGUUACCAGGUGGACGAACUGCGCACUCAAGAUUUGCAAUACCAAUUGCAAUAAACGAAGACUCAACAUGUAACAUUAAACAAGGUAGUCAUUUAGCUGAAUUGUUGAUAAAGACGAGUUUAAUCAUUUGGGAUGAAGCGCCCAUGAUGCACAAACAUUGCUUUGAAGCAUUAGACCGAACUAUGAGGGAUUUGUUGCGAUUUGUAGACCAAAAUAGUUCGACAAAGACAUUUGGUGGAAAAACAGUUGUAUUGGGUGGUGACUUCCGUCAGAUACUACCAGUAGUUCCUAAGGGUACAAGACAAGAUAUUGUAUCUGCAACAAUAAAUUCAUCGUAUUUGUGGAACAGUUGCAAAGUUUUGAAGCUUACAAGAAACCUACGCCUACGCACUGUUCGGCAUGGGGUUGAUCUACAAAGAUUAGAAGAUUUUGCAAAUUGGAUUGCUAAUAUCGGUGAUGGAAAGAUAGGUGGACCAAAUGAUGGAUAUGCAGAAGUAGAAAUCCCAACUAAUAUGCUUCUACCAUCUGAUGGAGACCAUAUUUCAACAAUUGUGAAAAGCACAUUUCCGAUGUUUGCCACUGGGAAUUCUAAUCCAAAUUUGCUGGAAGGACGUGCUAUACUAGCACCAACACUAGAUGUGGUUAACUCAGUAAAUGAAUAUAUGAAUGCGUUGCAUACUUCUGAAAGUAGAACAUAUUUUAGUUGUGACACAGUAUGCAAAGCCGAUGCAGAUAAUGGGAUACUUGCAGAUGUACACACCCCUGAAUUCUUAAACGGAAUUAGAGUUUCAGGUUUACCAAAUCAUUCAUUGACUUUGAAAAUUGGUUCACCGGUAAUGUUGAUGAGAAAUAUUGACCAUAGUAUUGGGUUGUGCAAUGGUACCAGACUGAUAAUCACCAAGUUAGCAGACCGUAUUAUUGAAGCAGAGAUAAUGACUGGUGCUAACAAAGGAAAUAAAGUUUUGAUUCCCCGAAUGUCCAUGUCCCCAUCCGAUCCAAGGUUGCCAUUCAAGUUUCAACGAAAACAAUUUCCGUUGAUGUUAUCAUAUGCAAUGACCAUUAAUAAAAGUCAGGGUCAAACAUUGUCACAUGUAGGAUUGUUACUAAAGAAAUCUGUGUUUGUACAUGGUCAGUUGUACGUCGCUGCAUCUCGGAUUAACAAUCCAAAUGGUCUAAAAAUAUUAAUUGCCAAUGACUCAAGUGGAACUUUUACAUCAACCACUAAUGUUGUAUAUCAUGAAAUUUUUAAUAAUUUGUAA